CUUCUGGACCUUCCGCCCGAUGGGGAUGAUGCCCCGUCAUCAAGCGGAACGCGACGUCUGCCAACCGGCUUUAGGAACAGCGAGAGGGUAGACGUGAAUGCCGUGAAUGUAAACGGUGAGACAGCGCUUCACAUUGCCUGCUCUACCCCGUCGCCGGCAUGCGUGGAGGCUUUGUUGAAAGCUGGUGCUAAUCCACUCAUUGGCGUCGCUGAUUUCUAUCCCAUACAUAUCGCCAUCGAUAAGGAUUCCACUGAGUGA